GGCAUUGUAUUUAUGAACCUGAACAACGGCUAUAUACCACGGCAUGUCAAGUAUAAACUUCGGCAAGAUGUUGACUUCACACCGGACACGUACAAUGUGCGACGAGGAUUCUGGUUACCGGGUCCAACGGGAAAUCAACAAUACUAUCAAGGUCUAUUUGUUGUCUUACAAGACGCAAUUGAAAGGGCUAUUAUGGAAAAUAUCAUUAAUGUAUCUGCUGAUGCACCUGGUGUUUAUCUACAACAGUUUCCUUACCCAUGCUAUAUUCGGGACUUAUUUGCAAGUGCAAUCGGAGGUAUUCUUCCACUUUUUAUGACUUUAUCUUGGAUAUACACAGCAGCGAUGAUUGUGAAAGCUGUAGUUCAUGAAAAGGAACUCCGCCUUAAAGAAGUGAUGAAAAUGAUGGGUCUUGAUAAUGGUGUCCAUUGGGCAGCUUGGUUUAUUCAAUGUUUCAUUAUCAUGCUUCUUACAGUGUUUUUCUUAACUCUAAUCCUUCGUUUUGGAAGAAUAUUUAUGCACAGCAACCCAGUAAUAAUCUUUCUAUUCUUCAUGGUUUUUUCGUUGUCGACAAUAAUGCUAUGUUUCCUUAUGAGUGUCUUUUUUACACGAGCGAAUGUCGCUGCUGCUUGUGGUGGGAUUAUCUUUUUCCUAUCCUACUUUCCUUCCAUUCUCGUUAUUUUGUAUGAAUCAGUUAUGACCUCUGGACAAAAAGGGAUCGCAUGUUUGUCGUCAACGACUGCUUUUGCAUUAGGUUGUAAUUAUAUUGCACAAUAUGAGCAGCAAGGUGUCGGUAUCCAGUGGUCUAACGUUCGAUCAAGUCCUGUUACCGAAGAUACAUUUAGUUUCUCUGCUACCUGUGGAAUGAUGAUAAUUGACACUAUCAUAUAUGCAAUUUUGACGUGGUAUUUAGAAAACGUUUUUCCAGGUCAAUAUGGUGUUCCAAGAAGGUGGUACUUUCCUUUUCAAUCUUCAUAUUGGUUUUCUAAGCCUAAAACUGACGGUCAUAUCGUUACAACACGCAACCACCCCCCACCUCUCGUUGAAGAAGAACCAACGCAUUUAAAAUUGGGUGUUUCAAUCCAGAAUUUAGUGAAGAUUUACAAGACCGGUAAUAAACUUGCUGUGGACGAGUUAAAUUUAAACUUAUACGAAGAUCAAAUAACCAGUUUCCUUGGUCAUAAUGGUGCAGGAAAGACGACAACAAUGUCGAUACUCACUGGUCUCUUUCCUCCAACAUCUGGAACGGCGCAUAUAUACGGAAAGAACAUCACUGAAGAUAUGGAUUCUAUUCGUGAAAGCCUUGGAUUAUGCCCUCAACAUAACGUAUUAUUUGAGAACUUGACUGUUGAAGAACAUUUAUGGUUUUACGCACGCCUUAAAGGCCUAUCUAGCGCAGAGGUUAACGAUGAAGUUAAUCGGAUGAUCGACGAUAUUGGCUUAAGGAAUAAACGGCAUGAUCUGUCGUCUAGCCUAUCUGGUGGCAUGAAGAGGAAACUAUCGGUCGGUAUUGCAUUUAUCGGUGGCUCGAAGACUGUAAUUCUUGAUGAACCUACUGCUGGAGUCGAUCCUUAUGCUCGCCGUGGAAUUUGGGAUCUUGUGCUAAAAUAUCGUAAAGGAAAGACCAUUCUUUUAUCGACGCAUUUUAUGGACGAAGCUGAUCUUUUAGGAGAUCGGAUUGCGAUCAUUUCUCGUGGGAAAUUGCGUUGUUGUGGUUCAUCUUUAUUUUUGAAAACUAAGCUUGGAAGUGGUUAUUACUUAACACUGGUGAAAGAUACCGAUUCGCAACGAUCCGCUAAAGAAACUUGCCUCGGUGUGGAUAACGUUGAUGCUGCUACCGUUGAUACUCCCGCCGUUGAUGUCAACCAAGUGUCAAGAUUUAUUAGUGGAUACAUCCCGGAAGCUAAACUCGCAGAAAGUUAUGGAAGUGAAAUUACAUAUAUUCUACCGCAGGAAAGCGCUAGAAGUGGCGUUUUUCACAACUUUUUUAGUAGCUUAGACCGGCAUUUAAAAACUCUAAGGAUUAAUAGUUAUGGCCUGUCUGAUACCACUUUAGAAGAGAUUUUUCUUAAAGUUGCCGAUGAAACUGGUGUUGAUCAAGCUGAUGGAAGAAUUCCUCGUAGAAGAUCGUCAAGGAAAAUGCUAUUCUGGAAGCGAAAAAGGCCGGCAAAUUCUGCCCAAAACUCUGCUACGAAUUCCCAGGAUACCAAAUCUGGAAAAGAUGUCACAGAUUCAGUUGAUGCUGGUGUUGAUCCAGCCUCCAAAAUUACCAAAUUAACUGGAUGGCGUCUAAAAUUACAUCACUUUCAAGCAUUAUUUAGAAAACGUUAUCAGUAUGCAAGGCGAAACAAGAAGGGCUUUGUAUCUGCAGUUAUUGUUCCUGUAAUAUUUAUUUGUAUUGCAAUGCUCUUCGCCAUGGCUAGCAUAGAUGAAAGCAUUACGUACAGCCGAAAAUUAACCCCAGAAAUGUUCACGCAGCCUUUGUAUACGUUUUCUUCUCUGAUGAAAAAUCCUAUUGCUGAUUCUAGAAAAGCCUUAAAUUCAUUGUUCUCUAGCGGAAUUGGGGAUACAUGCAUGGGAUCAAACCAUAACUGCACUAAGCCAUAUAAAGUAACCUCCACUCGAAUUUAUUAUUUAGACACUUCAAUAUCCCUGUAUUUUCCACAAUCCAAAAAUUCCUCCGUACGUCCAUGCAGCUGCAGAACUGGCAGCAUAGUCUGCCCUACUAAUGCUGAAGGAAAAUCGCCUCCUCGUUACGUGUUAUACCAGCAAAACUAUAUGAUAAAUCUAACGGACAAAAAUGUAUCUGAUUAUUUGAUGAAAGUUAGGAAUCGUUUUGUGCUGAAAAUUUACGGUGGCUUUAGUUUUGGUGAAAUCGAUCCGAAUUCUCCAAAUAUCGCAACCCCUUCUAGUGGUAGUAUUCUUUUAAGAAGAUUAUCAGUGAGAAAUGUUGUACGGGCGUGGUAUAAUAACAAAGGAUAUCAUGCAAUGCCUACAUAUUUAAACGCGAUGAAUAAUGCAAUUUUAAGGUCUAAAUUAAGGCCUCAAGAUGGAGACUCACGUAAAUAUGGUAUUACUGCAUAUAAUCAUCCCAUGAAUUUAACGCGUGCUCAAUUAGUUAAGGAAGCGAUAAGACGAAGCUACCGUGACUUACUUAUUGCAGUAUCAGUGAUAUUUGCAUUGUCGUUCAUUCCAGCUAGUUUUGUACUCUUCCUGAUUAAUGAGAGAUCGUCUAAAGCCAAGCAUUUGCAAUUCGUUAGCGGCGUCCAUCCCGUUAUGUACUGGUUAUCAAACUACGCUUGGGAUAUGGUUAACUACUUAUUUUCGAUGGUCUGCAUUCUAAUUAUAUUUUUGGCUUUCAAUGAUAAGGCAUUUACUAGUAGCGAGAAUUUCCCGGCCUUGUUAAUGCUAUUGUUUCUCUAUGGCUGGUCAAUUAUACCAAUGAUGUAUCCGUCAUCCUACGUCUUUAGUGUUCCGAGUACAGCUUACGUGGCAUUAGUCUGUAUUAAUAUCUUUAUUGGCAUAAAUGGUACCAUUGCAACAUUCAUUUUAGAACUAUUUGAGAAUGACGCAGACUUAAAAACAAUAAAUAAUAUUAUAAAGCAAGUCUUUCUUAUUUUCCCGAAUUAUUGCAUGGGACGUGGAAUUAUGGAUCUGGCGAAAAACCAAUUAAUGGCUGAUGUCUUUAGUCGCUUUGGAGAAAAUAAUUUCAAAAAUCCGUUCGGAUGGGAAUUAGUUGGACGUAACUUGUUCGCCAUGGCAAUCGAAGGAGUUGCAUUCUUUAUCCUCGUUUUAUUGAUGGAAUAUCGUUUCUUUAUCAAGCAAAGGAAAUUAACGCCGCCAAAUCGUUUUGAUGAAGUUGAAGAUGAAGAUGUUGCUGAGGAAAGAAGAAGGGUUCUCUCCGCUGAAGCAAACGAUGGAAUUUUGAGAUUAGAAAAUUUGACAAAGGUCUAUCGAACUCGUAGGAAGAAGCUUAUAGCAGUGGAUCGUCUAUGUGUGUCAAUUCCACAAGGCCAAUGCUUCGGCUUAUUGGGUAUUAAUGGAGCUGGAAAGACCACCACUUUUAAAAUGUUAACAGGCGAUAUUGAUGUAACGAAAGGUGAUGCAUUCGUUGAUGGUCACAGUAUAUUAAGCGAAACUGACAGUGUGCGACAGCGAAUUGGAUACUGUCCUCAGUUUGAUGCAAUUUUAGAUUUAUUAACUGGCAGGGAACAUUUAAUGUUCUUUGCUCGAUUACGUGGUAUUCCCGAAUCGGAAGUCGCAAAGAUUGCAGAUUGGGGUAUAAAGAAGCUUGGAUUAAUACAGUACGGGGAUCGAUUAGCCGGCACCUAUAGUGGUGGCAACAAACGUAAACUGUCUACAGCAAUCUCUUUAGUAGGAAAUCCACCCAUCAUCUUUUUGGAUGAGCCCACAACUGGUAUGGAUCCUAAAGCUCGUCGCUUUUUGUGGGAUAUGAUAAAUAAUAUUGUACGGGAUGGUCGAUCGGUAGUUCUUACAUCACACAGUAUGGAAGAGUGUGAAGCUCUUUGUACAAGAAUUGCAAUUAUGGUCAACGGAAAGUUUAAAUGUAUUGGAAGCAUCCAACAUCUGAAAAACAAAUUUGGUAGUGGUUACACCGUUCAAAUUCGAGUUAAGGGUUCGCAAGCUAAUCUCGAACCAUUAGCAUCCUAUGUUUCGAAAACGUUCUCUAAUGUAGUUCUUGUGGAACGGCACCACAACCAACUUCAGUAUCACUUCCCGGAAAAUAUAGAAUUAGCGAAGCUGUUUGAUAAGUUGGAUAAUGUUAGAGAAAAACUGGAAAUAGAUGACUACUCAGUUUCUCAGACCACUCUUGAUGAGAUCUUUAUCGGCUUCGCGAAGCAACAGCGCGACGAC